UUGGUAAUUUUAAUCAAUAGAAGAAACAAGGCAGCGAAAAUCACAUGAUGGGAAGGGGGAAAAGGCUAAAAAAACUCAAGCUUUGAUACCAACUAAAAUAAAAGAGAAGUCAAAGUGGAGAAACUAUUGGGUGAGACACAAAGAGAGCCGGUUUUAGGGAUGUCGUAACGUUGAUACAAUGUCUCUAAGCUCUGAUUUAGAGAGGGAAUGGGAGGGGCAAACAACAACGACAAGAACAGCGAAGGAAAGCAACAACAGCUUCAGUCUUACAUUAUUAUGAGUGCUUAAAAAAAAAAUAAAAGGCAAAGCAGUAUUGGAGACUUGAAAAGGAAGGUGGUUUUAAGGGGACCAGACAAAAGCAGAAAGCGGUUUUGUAACUGAAACGGGGCGUGGCCAAAGAUUAUUAAAAGAGGGAAAAGAAAAGAAAAGAAUCCUCACUGUCGUUACACAAAAACUACCAACAAUGAAUUCAUAUAUAACCGUCAGGCCCAGUUAGUCUUUUUUUUUUUUUUUAAUAAAAUUUAUUUCUUUCCUUAUUUCGACUCUUCUUGGGAUCUUCUCUGUUUCUCAUUAAUGGGGUAGACUCUGCCACUCUGCCUGGCUUCAAAGACUUUGGUUUUUUUUUUAAAAUUUUGCUUUUCUUCUUUUGUGCUUUAUUUUCUUUGCAUCGUGGAUACCACCUUGUUUUGAUGGCUCAUUUAGAAGGUAAUCAAAGGGGUUCCUCGACUGCUCAUGCGGUUUCAGGUUCGGCUGGUGAUGAUCUAUAUCAAGAAUUAUGGAAGCUAUGUGCAGGCCCCUUGGUGGAGAUUCCUCGGGUUCACGAGAGAGUUUUUUACUUCCCUCAGGGUCACAUGGAACAAUUAGAAGCAUCGACAAAUCAGGAACUUAGCAAUCAAACCCCACUGUUUAAUCUUCCUUCUAAGAUCCUAUGUCGUGUUCUUCACGUGGAGUUACUGGCAGAACAAGAGACAGAUGAAGUUUAUGCUCAGAUCACUUUGCAGCCUGAAGAUCAAAGUGAGCCUACAAGUCUUGAUCCCUUCCCAACCGAGGCUCCAAAGAGGACAGUUCAUUCCUUUAGUAAGAUUCUAACGGCAUCAGACACUAGCACUCAUGGAGGGUUCUCUGUUCUCCGAAAGCAUGCAACUGAGUGCCUUCCUCCUUUGGACAUGAAUCUAGCAACUCCAACUCAGGAGUUGGUUGCCAAAGAUCUUCACGGGUAUGAGUGGCGGUUCAAGCAUAUAUUUAGAGGGCAACCACGGAGACAUUUACUUACAACAGGGUGGAGCACUUUUGUGACUUCGAAGAGAUUAGUUGCUGGAGAUGCAUUUGUGUUUCUUAGAGGUGAUAAUGGAGAACUAAGAGUUGGGGUUCGGCGGCUUGCUCGUCAACAGAGCACAAUGCCUUCGUCUGUGAUAUCCAGCCAGAGCAUGCAUUUAGGAGUGCUUGCUACUGCUGCUCAUGCUGUUACAACUCAUACCCUCUUUGUUGUGUAUUACAAACCAAGUACAAGCCAAUUCAUAAUUGGAGUAAACAAGUAUCUGGAGGCUAUUAACAAUGGAUUCUCUGUUGGCAUGCGUUUCAAGAUGAGAUUUGAGGGAGAAGACUCUCCUGAAAGAAGGUUCACAGGUACCAUAGUUGGGGUUGGAGAUAUUUCCCCACAUUGGUCAGAAUCUAAAUGGCGGUCCUUGAAGAUUCAAUGGGAUGAACCUGCAGCAAUACAAAGGCCAGAGAGAGUUUCUCCUUGGGAAAUAGAGCCAUUUGUAGAUUCUGCUUCUGCAAAUUUACAACCUACUAUAAUGUGCAAAAGACCAAGACCUGUCGAUAUUCCAGCUUCUGAAAUUACUACCGGUUCAGCUGGUUCAGCCUUCUGGUGCCGUGAGUCAAUCCAGUCUCAUGAACUAACACCAGUGGGAAGCACACUUGAGGUCCAGAGCAGUGAAAACCAGGUUAUGUGUCCUAUGAGGCAGAAAGAAGCUGAUGAUUGUCUUAUCAAUGGUAAUGGAGGUUACAAAUCAAGGACUCCACCUGAAAAUGCCUGGCCACCUUCUCCUCUUGUGAAUGUAUCUUUGAACCUUUUUCCUGAUUCAAUGGAGAACAACUACAAAACAGGAGCAUUGCAAACCGCUCUCACUGGUUAUGCCAAGAGCCUAAUGCAUGACCAAGUUGUAAAAAGAAAAACUGAGACUUUCACAGGUUGCCGGUUGUUUGGGUUUAAUUUGACAGAUAGCACUAGUGUAGCUGCCCCCCCUGACAAGGAACAAAUGAGCACAAGUAUUGACUACAAUGGUGUGAGAGGGCCUAUCCCUGCUGCGUUUCAUGUUGAACAGAAACCAGAAACUUCCAAGGAGCAGAAGCAAGUUGCAUCGGAGACAUCAACCCAGGAGAUGCAAGCUAAGCAGGGUUCUGCAACUUCCAUGAGAAGUCGUACCAAGGUACAUAUGCAAGGGAUUGCAGUUGGCCGUGCUGUUGACUUAACUGCACUGAAAGGAUAUAAUGAUCUCAUAAAUGAGCUGGAAAAAAUGUUUGAGAUCAAGGGAGAGCUUUGUCGUAGUGGUCAGUGGUCCAUUGUUUUUACUGAUGAUGAGGGUGAUAUGAUGCUCGUGGGUGAUGAUCCCUGGGUUGAAUUUUGUAAGAUGGUAAGAAAGAUCUUCAUAUAUUCAAGCGAGGAGGUGAAGAAGAUUAGUACAAGAUGCAAAUUUCCAGCAGCAUCUAUGGAGUGUGAAGGGACGGUUGUAAGCUUGGACUCAGAGCAUAGGUCUGUUUGAAAACCCUAACUUAGCUUUGUUUUGUUGUCGUUAGUUUGCAAUGGUCGAAGAGAAAUGUAGCUGGUUUAUUUUGCUUAGUUUUUUAAUUUUAAUUUUAUUUUGAGAGCUUUGCUUAGGGACAGUAGAAGAGUGAAUGAAGUGCAGAAACUAAACUCUUUAGUUUAUGGUAAAAAAGAAUAGGAAGACUUUGAUUAGUUAGAAAUGGAAGGAUUGAGUUUAGCUUUUGCUUUGUUUGGGUGGUAGCGUGGUUUCAGUGACACAGUGAAGCAGCCUGUAAAAAUAUAAAUGCUUGCAUUUAGUUGUUGUUGGCUGGUUUCCCCUGGAUGCCAUUUUCUAA